AUGGAGGAUCGGGCGGACCCGGCAGCUCAGCCUGAACGGGCGCCUCAAUCUAGAUCUUCCGCGCCGCGUGUACGGCUCAGCUGCGAAGCUUGCCGCCAACGCAAGGUGAAAUGCGAUAAGCUGAGCCCCUGUACGAGCUGCGUGCGGCUCGGCUUUCAAUGUGUACCCGUUGAGCGGGCCCGUCUACCGCGGGGCAGAACGAGGAGGCAGCCCGAGCGGGUGGCCCACACUGAUAGAGAGCUUGCCGAUCGCGUUGCGAAGCUUGAAGAUCUCUUACGGAACACGGAUGUGGAGCGGUCCGAGAGUAGUUUGCAGCCCAAGAUGGAAGAUGUCGAGAGCUGGCGGAACGAAAGCUCUCACCCGUCCACGGCAUCGAGUUUGCCCCAUCGGCCGCGCCCAGAGGCUGCCUACAUUGGUAGCUCCUUUUGGGAGAGUAUGAUGCAGACGACAAGUGAACUCCGCCAUGUUCUUGAUAGCUGGGAAAACGAAGAGCUUGAGACUCAGAAUCCACCUGGCUUUGGUGGGACUUCGUUCUUAGGCUCUGAGAGCUCAGACAGUCCCAAGUCCCCACAAUUGCUUCGAGGGAUCACUAUUGCUCCUCAGACACGGCGAUGUCUAUGUGAAAUAUUUUUGCGCAAUGUGGACCCAGUCUUUAAGAUUCUGCACCGCCCAUCAGUGCGAGCAUACCUCAUCGAUGAUGAGCCGUAUCUGGAUUAUGAGCCAGAUCACCAAGCGCCAUUGACCCUGGCGUAUGCGAUUUAUUACGCGGCUGUAUGUACAAUUGACGAUGGGCAGUGCCAAGUGAUCUUCGGCGUGGACAAGAAGACCGUCUCGACCGAACUUCAAAGGGAAACCGAGGCUGCCUUGGUGAAGUCUGACUUUGUGACCACGAAUGAUUUGACUAUUUUGCAGGCUUACGUCUUGUCCCUGCAGCAGCUCGCAGCCCGAUCUCAAGAUCAAAGUCGACGCGUCUGGACCAUGAUGUCCAUGGCACUACGAGUCGGCCAAGCAUUAUGUCUUCAUUUGGGUGAUCCACCAUUCUACGUCAGCUCGUUUGACAGGCAGAUGCGGCGCCGUCUCUGGCAGGCUAUAGGUCUUCUCGACUUAGCAGCUUCUCUGGACAGAGCCUCUGAACCGAUGAUGCAGUCUGCAUGGCUAGACGCACAUCCACCGGCCAAUAUCAAUGACGAAGAUAUUUUCUUCGGCAUGGAAACGCCCAUUCAGGAACACCCCGAAGGAACCUUCACCGACAUGACUCAUUCUUUGAUCCUUGCUGCAGCGCAGUCUGUCGCGAGAAUGCUUGCAUUUAGAGAUUUCAUUGAACCCGGCAAGAAAACCAUGGCCCUUAGGAAACGGAUCUUGAAGGACUUUCAAGACAAGGCAAGCGCACUUUUGAAAGGAUGCAGACCCGAUCUGUUCGCAUUUCAAUUAUACGCCAGACGAACAGCAGCUACCAUUAACGUUCCUGGAGAUAGUCUCCUUCGACUCGCCGCGGAUAAUCUGCAGAAACUACACGAGUCAUAUAGUGACCCUGCUACGGCACCAUGGAUGUGGUUCGGCUCUUUAUGGGUCCCAUGGCACGGCCUCGCAGUCGCCCUCGCCGAGUUGUGCGUUUGUAAAGAUCCACAAACAAUGACCAAGUACUGGCCUGUCGUCGAGCAAGUGUUCCACCGAUCAAGCCUAGGCGUUGCAGACUCCCAGCAUGGCAUGCUCUGGAAACCACUCGAGAAAUUGAUGAACCAAGCUCGAAAUCACAAGCGGGAAAUGCUCGGAAGCCAAUCUCCAACCGAGGCCCCGUACCACGCACCUCACAUGAUACCCAUGACCUCCGUCGCUCAAUCAAUGACCGGGCCACUCACGUCAGAAGAAUUGACGGCGCAACUCUCGUCGCAAGAUUUGAAUGCUCCGCCUGGAUCGGCGAGCUAUACAAUGAGCAUAGACUCGACUUUGGCUGCUGGCCAGUCAGCUACCCCGACGGUCUCACAGCCCCAACUUACCAUUACCCUCGAUAUGCUAGAACCUUAUCCCAAUGUUUGGGAUGGAAUGGACUUUACCACCACUGGACUGCCCGCCUCGGAUGAUAACAUCGCGUGGCAUAACUAUGAGAGCUUCAUCGGUGAUGUGUAUGACAACGUGAAUUAUAUGAUUUGA